AUGCGGCUCCUGAGACGGCCUGAUCUUCCAUCGGGCGCGUCGUGGACGGAAAAAGGCCUGCCGCUCUUUGGCUCAUUCAACUUCUUCACCAAGAGGGGCGAUUUCCUGCGAGAAGGCUCAAGAAAGAGCCCAAACGGCCACUUUAACUUUUACUAUGGAUCGUAUCCCAUCAUCGCCCUCUCUGGAGAGGCCGCUCGCGCUUCGUAUUUCACCACUCGCGGCCUAGAUCUGAGUGCUGGAUUCAGGAAGCUCUUCUCUGCUGGGCCAGACAUUGACGCCAUGCUCGGCUGCAACAUGAGCGCCUACUUCAUCAUCCUCUUCAAGCGCCUCACGGGAAAAGAGCACCUCGUCAGCUGCCUCCCCUACCUCAUCAACGAUGCCAAGGCAUCCUUUUCCGCAAUCGACACCGCCGCCCCCAUGGACCCCUUUGUGGUCCUCUGGAACGUCCUGUACAAGAUGACCCAUCGCACCGUCGGCUGCCACGAAGUCGCAGACGAUCCGGCCCUUCAGGAAAAGACGAUGCGGUACUAUGAGAAACUGGACAAGUCGUCUGCCAUCCAGGUCAUGUUCCCCUGGCUGCCCACCCCGACCAAACUGAACAAGCUCUGGGCGGGCGCCAAGCUGCACAUGCUGUUUGGGGACAUUAUUCGGGAGAGGAGGAGGACGGGGCGGAAAGCGCAGGACACGAUGCAGAUUCUCAUGGACAGGGGGGAGAGCGAUUUGCUGUCAUCGGCUUUCAUCAUCGGCGCAUUGUUCGCAGGCUUAAUCAACACUGGCGUCCAAUCCGCCUGGAUCCUCUGUUACCUCGCCCACGACCCCGUCUGGUACGCAAAGGUCAGAGAAGAAGUCGACUCAGUCGUUGCCAAGUACCGGACUUCCAAAGAGCAAACGCCGGUCGACGUCCUCCGGGAUCUUUCCCUCGAGGCCUGGGAGUCUGAGUUUCCGUGCAUCGACUUGGGUGUUCGGGACAGCAUCCGGCUGAAUCUCAUGGGAGCCUCGAUUCGCCAGAACACGUCGGGGAAGGACAUUACCAUUGGUGAUACGGGGGUUGUCGUGCCGAAAGAUGCUUUUGCAGUCUACAGCGUGGCAGACGUACACAUGGACGAGACCGCUUAUAGAGAUCCCCUGAAGUGGGAUCCGGCGCGAUAUCUUCCAGACAGAGCAGAGGACAAGAAGCAACAGCACGGAUACAUCGGCUGGGGAACCGGUUUGCACCCGUGUUUGGGCAUGAGGAUUGCCAAACUUGAACUCUUUGUCUCGACAGCUGUCUUCUUUGCCAUGUUCGACUUCAAAGCGGUGGACAAGACCGGUAACCCGACGACUGAGCCGCUGCCUCGACCCCGAAAGAGAAUACUCUAG